AUGGCCGCAAGUGACAAUACCGUCCCCUCCGCCCUUGGCGGCAAACCCGAGCGACGCUCUCCUCCUCCAGCGUCACAAUCGAAGCGCGACAGAAAGAGACAGGCCCUCAUGGAGCGUCUCUCCAGCAUGACGGACAAGUUUCAGCGCGAACAGGACAUGACGUACCGCGACCAGCUGCAGAAGAUCCAGUACGAGAUUGGCCUCGUGCAGCGAUUCGAUCCAUACGACACAAACGCUUUGGAGGUUGCCGCUGAGCUGCAAAGAGAACACAGACAGACCCAGGGGCCUCCGGUCCAUGCUGAGUCUGCCCGUAGCCUCAUGGACAUGGCUGGAAUCAAGUUUCCCAACUUUAUUGACGAAAUUGAGGAUUUGAUUGAGAUUCGUGAUUUUCAACUGACGCAGUCAAAGAAUGAAUAUGAACGAAAAGUACAAGAGUACAAGAAUACCCACGCCUACAAGGUCGAGACGGCCCGCCGCGAGCACAUGGCCCUGACCAGCACCUUGCGCGACCGACUUAUCAACACCCUGACACAAAAGAAGAACCGACUGAAUAGGGAAAAGGAAGUGUUGGAGAUUAACGAUUCCAAUGCCUUGCUCCUGAACCCGAAUCACUUUUCUCUCACAAACCCUGGCAGCCCCGGCGGAACCCACGGCAAGCGUGCCACCAGACUUCGCAAGGAUGCCGACGACCUUCAAAUGUUUUCGGAUAAGAAGCGAAAGCGAAAUCCUGGAGAGGACGACGGAUCGCCCGGCCCGAUGCGCCGCGGCCUGGAUCCCAACAGCACAACUCCCCUGUGGCAGUCGGAAAAGGCACGUGCUGUCGCGAAGCAAAACGGCCCCAUUUAUAGCAUCGACAAGCUCUUCACCGACAAAGAAUUGUCCCUGCAUUACAACAGCGCGGCUUUGGCUGCGCAUCAAUACGUCCUGCGCAACCGUGUCAACGGCAACGCUUCGUCCCCCGACGACAGCGACUCGGGCAACGGGGACGACAACGACGCCGACUCUGUCCUGUCGGCGCCCAUGAUGGAACGCCAGGUAUCACACGCCACCCGCAGCACCAGAGGCGGCGCAAACACAAACUUCUUGGACGACAAGAUCCUCGGCGUGGAGGGCAUUGCCAACUUUGAGGUCCCGGCCAACCUGGACCUGAUGCAUGCCCAAGAACCCCCCAAGAUGCCCCCUCACGUGCCCCAGCAGUAUCUAAAGCCGUACCCCAGAUCUGCGGACCAGAACUUCCCGGUUCCACUUUCACAGGACGACAUCAUGUCGGACCUGUCCGUCAUGGGCUUCCUCAAACAGUACGAUCACUCUCACAAGCCCGGCGCACACCUUGACGCCCCGACUGGGCUGCGCAAAAUCCUCGAAGCCGUCUCCAUCCCGUACCAACAGGGCCGCUUCGUAGCCAUCACCAGCGCCGCGCGGGAAGACCCCGAAAACUUUCGCGACUCCCUUGGGAUCCCCACCAGCGGCCUGCGAGACCAACUGAGCCCUGGCCACGGCGGCUCCAACCAGUCUGUGGCGGGAUACUCUGCGUCGGCCAUACCCAUGAGCAGACAGAGCAGCCUCGGCGGCGUGGCCAUGAGCCGACAAGGAACGACGGGCAGCGGACGAGGCAGAGCCCGCCGCGGCUGA